AUGGAUUACGAGCCUUACGAUAGCAGUGGAACUGAUGAUGAUCUUCCUCCGUCACAUCAAAACAGAAUCCCCAGAGGGGGUCGUGUGGCAGGGAAUGGAAGACCAGUAGGAGGUUCAGUCCCUUAUCCUAGAAUGUAUGGUGAAACUGAUAUGGAAACACAAAUUCACCAACUUGAGCAAGAAGCAUACAGUUCAGUUCUAAGAGCAUUUAAAGCACAAGCGGACGCCAUUACUUGGGAGAAGGAAAGCUUGAUAACAGAGCUUAGAAAGGAGCUGAGAUUGUCUAAUGAGGAGCACAGAGAGCUUCUUGCUCGGGUUAACGCAGAUGAUGUAAUACGGAGGAUAAGGGAAUGGAGACAGGCAGGUGGGCAUCAAUCUGGCAUGCUCACUACAGGUCAAGCUGUUCAUGAUCCAAUACCUAGCCCUACUGUCUCUGCAUCUCGUAAGAAACAGAAGAUGAGCUCAUCCAUACCUUCUCAAUCCUUUGGUGGGCCUUCUCCAUCAUUUCACCCACCAGCAGUUUCUGCAUCACACCAGCCAUCUUCAUCCGCCGCUAAACGUGGACCAGUAACAGGACCCAAGGGCAAGAAACAAAAACCUGGUUUACCUGGUGCUUCUUCAUUGAAGUCCAUUCCGUACCCAUCCUCAGGUCCGUCUGGAAGAGGUCAAGUUGCUAAUAGAGUAUCUACUGGUGGUGUUCCUGAAGGAGCUGAUCAAUAUAUUGGGAAGAGAGUCAAAACUAGGUGGCCUGACGAUAAUCACUUCUAUGAGGCUGUUAUAACUGACUACAACCCAAUUGAGGGGCGGCAUGCUCUGGUGUAUGAUAUGGAAACGGCAAAUGAGACAUGGGAAUGGGUUAACCUGUCAGAGAUCUCUCCUGAGGAUAUACAAUGGGCAGAUGAGGACCCUGGAAUCUCUCAUCGUGGCAAUUAUCGUGGUUCGGGGCAUGGGAUAAAUAGGUCAAUGGGCCGGGAUGGUGGUCCUGGUUCUGGAAGAGGUAGAGGGAUCACAAAGGGUCAAUCCAGGAAAGAUUUGUUGCCGUCUCAGAAUGGGAUUGGAAAAAAGGUGCCUGAUGACAUCCAAAUUCUUCAUACAGAUACUCUAAUCAGGGAGGUAGAGAGAGUCUUCAAUGCAAAUCAUCCUGAUCCUCUUGAGAUUGACAAAGCAAAGAAAGUAUUGAAGGAUCAUGAGCAAGCACUUGUUGAUGCAAUUUCAAGGCUUGCAGAUAUUUCUGAUGGCGAAAGUGAUGAGGGUGGCCGUCGUUAUGGGCAGGCAUUGGAGAGAGAAUGA